GAAAAAAGGGGCUUUCGUCGCUGCAUCCCAAACUUCUGUAUUAUCUUUCUUGCACAGUAUCUUCAAAUUCAGCUAAACACUUUUUGAAUGCUCACAAGAGAAGUUAAACAGGGAGUGCUUCGUAAUGGGAACAUUGCUGUAAAGAGGAUAAGGAACAGUCAUUCAAUCAAUGAGACUUUAUUUUAUCGAGAAGUUGACAGCCUGUUGAACAUUAAACAUAAAAAUGUCGUACGCUUUCUUGGCUUCUGUGCUAGCACAGAUCAGAUAGCCAUACAAAUUGCAGGAUCAAAACGACAUAUUUAUGCUGAGGUAAGAGAAAGACUACUCUGUUUUGAGUAUAUCAGCAAUGGAAGUCUACAAAAGUAUGUUACUGAUGAAUUAAGAGGACUGGAAUGGAAUACACGCUAUGGAAUAAUUAGAGGAAUCUGUGAAGGUUUGCAUCAUCUGCACUCGGAGAAGCACAUAUAUCAUAUGGAUUUGAAACCUGGCAAUAUACUACUAGAUAAUGAUAUGGUGCCGAAAAUCACAGAUUUCGGUUUAUCAAGACUUGAUGAAAAGUCAAAAACCAUGAGUGAAGACCGUCUCGGAUCACUAGGAUAUUGUGCUCCAGAGUACAUAUCUGAAGGAAAUAUGUCAUUCAAAUCAGACAUGUACAGUUUGGGCAAAAUAAUUAUCGAGCUAGUGACGGGAGGAAAGGAGAUCCUCAAUAAUAGCAACACUGUACUUAGGAGAUGGAGACACAGAUGGAAAAAAUCUGGAAAGGAAACACCAUUGGUCUACCAACAAGUAGCAAAAUGCAUCGAAAUUGGGUUACUCUGCCAAGAACGUGAACCAUCCAAGCGGCCCUUUAUAUGGGAUAUAAUAAAUGAUAUCAGCCACAUGGAAGUUGUAAAUGAGGAAAUCAACAAUGCCAACGAAUAUACAUUUGGGGAGGUAAACUCUUGAAUGUCCCUGGCCAUGUAUCUUUAUCAUACUGAAUACAUAUAUGUCCUGCACUUUUCUUGCAGAUAAGCUCUUGC